AACAAAUGAUUAAAAUUUUCAUCAAACAUUCAAACCGCCGGUUGCCACGCUGCGUAAUCGAAGACUGUAGAAUUCCAGACAGCAUACUGGCAUAGCAGAAACCGGAUCCGAGUCGCUAAUCGCUACAAAAAUGGAGAAUGCGCCUGAUUUCAAGCUGAUUUUAGGUUCGUCUUCCGUAGCUCGUCGAAAAAUUGUAGCUGACAUGGGAUAUGAAUUCAUAACCAUGUCUGCAGAUAUAGAUGAGAAGGGAAUCCGUAAAGAAAAGCCGGAGGAUUUAGUCAUGGCUCUUGCUGAGGCAAAGGCAGAUGCCAUCAUAUCAAAACUUCAAAAUGGCGAAACUCAAGAAAAUGAUGCCAUCCCAACACUUCUUGUUUCAGCAGACACAGUGGUGGUCUAUGAAGGUAUGGUGAGGGAGAAACCAUCUGGUAAAGAAGAAGCAAGGCAGUUCAUGAAAGAUUACUCAAAUGGGCAUGCAUCUACAGUUAGCUCUGUUAUUGUUUCAAACUUGAAAACUGGUGUUAGAAAAGGAGAAUGGGACAAAGUAGAGAUUUAUUUCCAUGAAAUACCGGACGAAGCCAUUGAUAAACUAAUUGAGGAAGGAAGAGUGCUUUAUGUAGCUGGUGGCCUCAUAAUUGAGCAUCCUUUGGUAUUGCCUUAUGUAAAGCAAGUGGUCGGAACAACCGAUAGUGUCAUGGGACUCCCAAAAGCUCUUACAGAAAGACUGAUAAAGGAGGUUCUCUAGAAUGACUUGAAUUCAUUACUCUGGUUAGAUCCAAUUCUUGAUUUUCGGAAUUAAUUCAACUUUGUUAUACACAGAAUACUUUCUAGGACAAUUUAUUAAACUAAGAUGUCUCUAUGUCAAACAUUUCAGAAUUUUAUUAAACUAAGAUGUCUCUAUGUCAAACAUUUCAGAAUUUUAUUAAACUAAGAUGUCUCUAUGUCAAA